AUGAAGACGAGAGGACGGCGUAACACGCAGAGGAAUAUUUGAAGCCUGUCCAAGCGCCUGCUUGAUGACCGCCCACCCAAUCAGGAGCGGGUACUGCCGUUGCCAUGGAGAUGCUCUAGCCCCGCCCACAUGUCGGCGCUGCCCCGCCCCCUCGGAGCCCACGGAGCGAGUUUAAAGAGAGUCCCUGCUGAGCGCUGCUGUCACAGCUCGCACGUCGUGUGGUGGAAAUAUGAAGAGAAGCCAGACUUACAGCUCGUCAGACAGCGACUUGGACGACAACAUCGAAGUGGAGAAAGACAGCGGCGACGAAAAUGGUUCUGCUGACUGUCACGACUCUACGUCACCUUCCACUACCACUCAGGUUCAAGCCAGGAAACGACGCAGAGGAAUCAUCGAGAAAAGGAGACGCGACCGCAUCAACAACAGUUUGUCUGAGCUGAGAAGACUGGUGCCAAGUGCCUUUGAGAAACAGGGAUCAGCCAAACUGGAAAAAGCAGAAAUCCUGCAAAUGACGGUGGACCAUUUGAAGAUGCUGCAUGCAUCUGGAGGUUUCUUCGAGGCUCAGACCUUGGCAAAGGAUUACCGCAGUCUGGGCUUCAGGGAGUGUUUGGCCGAGACGGCUCGCUUCCUGAGCAUCAUGGAGGGUCGGGACAGCACGGACCCCCUGCGUCUCCGCCUGGUGUCCCACCUGAGCAACUACGCCUCCCAGAGGGAAGUGCAGGCCGGACUAGAACACUUGGCCUGGGGCUCCGCCUACGGGGCCGGCCCUGCUCCACUUCCCCAUCCCCUCUUGCUCCAACCCCCACAGGGCAGGACCCCGGCAUCCAGAGGAAACAGUCGUCUGUCCUCCACAUCCUCCUCCGCCGCCGAGGUCUCGGGGGCGUCCAGGCUCCUGCCUCCCGCCGAGUCCCACAGGGCCCCCAAAGUGCCAAAGGUGUCGCCGCCCCUCCUGUCGUCCCUCUCCUCGCUGUCGGCCUUCCCCCUCUCUUUCGGCGCUUUUCCGCUCGUCUCCCCGGCAACCCUCGGCUCAAUCGCCCCCCCUUCCGCCCUGUCCAAGCCAUACAGGCCCUGGGGCACGGAGAUCGGGGCCUUCUGAAGAGGACUGGACUGAGUAUCAUAGCUAUAGCACACACAGGUGACCUUGUUGCUGGCGGACGUUCUAGAUAUGGAUUAUUAAAAGUGAUUUAGCUAACAUGCGCUCUCAUGUGUGAGGGAUGAAACACAUUUAGUGGUCACGUUGUCAUGGAUAUUUAAUAUAGACUCACGCCAAACUAACUUCCUGGCAAUGAGACACUUGCCUUUUUGUAUUUGUCAUAUUUUUCUAUCAAUAAAUCACAUCAAAAAUGUGUGUAAAAAAAAAAGGAACAA